AUGGGUGACUACUCAAAAGCCUUGAGUUAUUAUGAACAGACACUGGAACUGGAGUUGAAAACACUGGGACCGAACCAUCCAUCUGUGGCUACGACGUACGGCAGUCUUGGAAUGGUUUACAGUGACAUGUGUGACUACUCAAAGGCCUUGAGUUAUUAUGAAAAGACUCUCGAAGUUAUGCGGAAAUCGCUCCCGGCUACUCAUCCUUCUAUCAAUUUUGGAUUACAAACAAUAGCGGAUAUUCAAAGUAAAUCCGACAUAUUUGAAACAAGUAUCAAUCAAACAAAAGACAAAUGUCAUCUUCUUGAAAGUUAUAAUCAAAAAACAAGUGAUGAAGAAUUAGCUAUUUUAAAAUCGUUAGACAAUCGUUGGCAUGAAAUAUCAUUGAAUUCAAAACAUCGUGAUGCGGGUUUAAAACGUGUUAAAGGACGAUCCGGUUCAACUCACAAUUCAUCAGAAUUAAAUCAAGGUUUAAAAUUAAUGAAAACUUAUCGUGAUGAAUUAAAGCGUUUAGAAAUUGAUAAACAAGAAUUAACAAAUGCUGAAAAAUUAUUUAAUUUACCAAUAUCAUCCUAUCCAGAAUUAUAUGUCAUUCAAAAAGAAAUGAAAAAUUUAGAAAAAUUAUAUACACUUUAUGAACAACAACCAAAAAGCCGUGAACUAUGGUCUGAAACAUUAUGA